AUGGCCCAAGUCCCCACGAUCGACCGACUACUCAACCUGGCAGCAGACUCGCCAUCUGCGGUACAGAGUCAGCUCGAGGCACAUCCACAUCUUGCCUCUCAAAAGGACGCACACGGAUACAGUUUAGUACACGCAGCUGCGUCUUACGGCCAUGAAGAUCUCCUGAGAGCUUUGAUCAAUGACUACAACGUGGACCCCAACAUCACGGAUGAGGACGGUGAGACUGCCCUCUUCAGCGUCGAAGAAGUGCGCAUGGCACAGCUCCUUCUGGCUCUGGGAACGGAUCUGCACAGGAAGAAUGAUGAAGGGCAGACCGCGGCGGAGAAAUUGGAUGAUGCGGACGAGCAGCCCGCGAUUGCUGCUUUUCUGAGGGAGACUGCGGCGGGAGGCGUUCAGAGUGCGGCUUCGUCUUCAGGUGCUUCGGCACAGCAGAAUGGCGGCGGGCAAGUUCACCCUCCGCCUCCCUUACCUAAUGGUCUUCAGCUCAAUGUUGGAACGAUGCCGGCGGGAGAUGCUGGCGAGGAGCCCGAUCCGGAAUUCAGGCGCAGGAUUGAAGAGCUUGCUUCUCGGCCUGAUUUCCAGACGGAAGAGGGACAGCGGGAGUUGAGGGAGUUGGUGAUGGAUGCUGUCUCUGGUAUUGCGAAUGAGGGAGAAGCGCCGGCGGCCACGAGGAGACGGUUAGGAUGA